UCUCUCCGUCAGUCCGUCGUUCCCAUGAUCGUGUAUAAGUAGAGUUGCAGAGAGACGCAGUGCUAAAUUUAGAGAUUUUAUUUGUUUAUUUUAUUUUUGGUUCUCUUUGUUUGAUUUUUAGUGCUGAAUUCUGGAAAUGGAUAUUCAAAACGGGAUUCUGAUUUGAUGUGGUUCGCCGUCCCUUUUUCUCGAGCCCAAACCUCACUGUCCUCUCCAUUGACGGUGGUGGCGGUGGUGCGGUUCGUUUGUUUUGGAUCAACGCGCUUAAAGCAUUAAUGGCGGCUCCUCGCAAUCUGAUUGGAGAGAACGGGAGGCUGUUGAGGGAUGAAGAGAACGCGGUGGGUGAGAAGGACGAUUCUCGCACCUGCAAGAAGCCCAAAUCGGAGAGGUUCCCGGUGUCUCGCUGGGAGUUCACCGCCGCCCUCGGCAUCUUCUUUAUCUUCUCCGGUGGCCUAUUCUGCAUCUACUUGACCAUGCCCGCCGCCGACUACGGGAAACUCAAGCUGCCUCGAACCAUUUCGGAUCUCCGUAUGCUCAAAGAUCAUCUGUCAUCAUAUGCUAAAGAUUACCCAGCCCGAUUCACUCUAGGCUACUGCUCCACGUACAUAUUCAUGCAGACUUUUAUGAUUCCUGGAACACUUUUCAUGUCUUUGCUAGCUGGAGCUCUUUUUGGUGUUAUCAGGGGCCUUCUCUUAGUUGUUUUUAAUGCUACAACGGGAGCAUCAUGCUGCUUCUUUUUGUCUAAGUUAAUUGGCAAGCCUAUAGUUAGUUGGUUCUGGGAUGAAAAGUUGAGAUUCUUCCAGUCAGAGAUAGCUAAACGUAGAGAUAAGCUGCUGAAUUACAUGCUCUUUCUGAGGAUAACUCCAUCAUUGCCCAACCUUUUCAUCAAUUUGGCAUCUCCGAUUGUUGAUAUACCAUUUCAUAUUUUCUUUCUGGCUACUUUGAUUGGUCUUAUUCCAGCAUCAUAUAUCACAGUCAGAGCCGGCCUUGCUCUUGGGGAUCUCAAGUCAGUCAAGGAUCUAUAUGAUUUUAAAACUUUGUCAGUUCUUUUUCUUAUCGGUUUCAUCUCAAUUUGUCCGGCCCUUCUGAAGAGGAAGAAAGUUUCCGAAUGAAGUUCUGUUAACGAAACUUCCUCCCAUUGUCGGAUUCAGGUUUGAGUCGGAAGCAAAUCUGAGAAUGUUGGCGGUUCCCCACCGAUCUUCCUGUUGAAGGCCAGCUUAUAUAGGAUUUAGUUUGUGUUGUGAAUGAUAUGAUGAUUAGGCCAAUAACUUAUUGUCCAAAGUAAAUAUGUUAAACGACAGAGGAAAUUGGUAUAGGCUCACAGUUCAAUUUU